AUGGCCUUAAUUCCGGUUGAGUUGGACCGUUUGCGGACCUCAUUUCAGCUGAAUUCGUUAGGGUUUGGUUGCGUGAUCAUGAAUGAAAACCAGGUGAAAUCUGCCAAGAGCCUCUUCAAUCAAACUCCAGCCAAGAACCUCCUCCUCUACAACGCAAUGUUCAUAACCUAUGCCCAAAAUGAGUGCCAUGCCCUUGCGAUUGAGCUCUUUGCCUUGAUGCUGUGCAGAGAUCUCGUCUCCUACAAUGCAAUGCUCUCUGCGCUCGCGAAAUCUAGCCCUAUUGAUCAAACCAAAGAUUUCUUCGACCUAAUUCCCGAGAAGAACAUCGUUCCAUGGAAUGCGAUGCUCACAACAUAUGCCGAGAAUGGGCAUCUGGAAAUGGCGAUUUCCAUGUUCGAUUCGAUGAGCCAUCAUGAUAUUGUGUCCUACACUGCCAUGCUCACUGCGUAUGGAUCGAGCGGCCAGAUAGAACACGCAAGAACAGUGUUUGAUUCGUCACCCCAGAAGGACGUUGUUUUAUCAACUGCCAUGCUCGCAGCAUAUGCCCAUUUAGGGUUCUUGGCAGAGGCUAGCACAAUUUUCCAAUCUAUGCGAGAAUGCAGCAUAAUCACGUGGAAUUCUAUGUUAGCUGCUCACGCAUUGAGCAGCACAAUCGAGAAAACGAAGUGGAUUUUCGAUUUGAUGCCGGUAAGAGAUACAGUGUCUUGGAUUUUGAUGUUCAGCGCAUAUGCCCAGAUUAGGCAUCUGGAGAAAGCGAUUUCCUUCUUCACGACAAUGCCAAUGCCACACGCAGUCCCAGAUCGCGUCGUGCCCUGGAACACGAUGCUCGCGGCGCACGGAACCAGCGGCCAGGACGCCGGGGCCGCGAAUUUGCAAGGUGUGGCCCCGGAUGCCGUCUCCUUUUGGGGGCGUUUGGCCACACCGGGGACGUGGAUUCCAGCUGGAGCUACCUUGUGUCGAUGCGCAGCGAUUACUCGAUCCAGCCGGAGAAGCUCCACUUUGGGUGGGCGAUCCGGGCUCGAGCUGGGAACUUCGAUUUCGCCCGGGAUCUCCUCGACAACAUGCCAUUCGUUCCAGGGAUCGAGCAAUUGA